AUGCGCCGAAGCUCCUCGUCUUCAUCAAUCAGCUCUCAGUGGUCCACCUUCAGCGACGACCUUGAAAUCGGCCAGCUCACGUCCAUCAUCCCCGUCAAUACCACCACAACCGCGGCCACCACAAUCACCACGGCUACUGCCACAAGCGCCAGCAACUCGUCCAUCAUCUCUGUUUCAUCUGCUGCUGCUUCCGUCACAGCAGCUUCUGCCGAGGAUAUGAAUAUGCAUAUGAACAUGAACAUGAACAUGCACGACAGUCAUCCCCCUUCCGCGUACGAGCGGAGCCGCCAGGGGAGCACGAGCUCCAUGCGCAGCUGCGGCGGAAUGAGCCCCGAUGCAACCAAAGAGCUGUGGAAGACCAUGUUGGAGCUGCAGGAGCGAUAUGGAUGCUACACUUCAGCGAGGAUGGAUUUGGCUGUUACAGCUGGAGAUAUUGCUCUCUCUUUAAUGCCAAAUCCGUUUAUCCUCGACACUCUCAACGACUCUGUGGUCGAUCUGCCCGAUGAGGGCUGGGAGAUGCUCAAUCGCUGCCUCCAACAAAGACAUUAA